AAAGCGUUUGGUGGUAGGGUACCCAUUUCAUUAUUGAUGCCACUCAUCUCAUACAGCUCCAAUAUCAAAUGCCUGCAUUAUUCUUUGGGAAACUAUAGGAGUAGUAAGUUUGUUUAGUUCACUGAAGGCAGGCAACUUUGCUGACCACCCCCUUCCAAGUUUGAAAACAGACAAAUAGUAAGAAGCAAGAUUAUAUGAGAGGAAAGGGAAAUGGUUGAGCAUCAUUCGGUGGUGGUUUUGUUGCUGUUUCUUCUUUCUGUUUUUUGUCAAGCGGGUAAUGCAUCAAAAAUUCAAAGGGAUGCUUCUGCAGCACUUUUUCCUGGUCCAGCUAUUCCGGUUUGUCGACGCAAUAGUUAUUCACAUUGCAUAUGCCCAACGUACAAUCCGAAUUGCAAAAGCCGCAGCCGCAGCCCCAGCUUCAAUUGCAGUGGACCUGGAACGUUGCCAUGUGAUGAAGCAUACGGUCUUGCUGAAUUCGUGGAUGAGCUGAAUUUACCAUCAAGACCAAUCAUUACCGGCGAUUGUAAGACAGAAUCCGAAGAUAUUUCGAUUCGAUGCGACUGCUCCUACGACAAUAGUAGUAUCUGUCAUGUCACAUACAUAUCUACUAGUGUUUUGGACUUGAAAGUUGGAAGAAUCCAUGAAAAUGUAUCCAAGCUUACUUACCUAGAGCAACUGGAUUUGUCCUUCAACCGUCUUCGUUGUGUUAUUCCUGACUCCUUAGGGAAGCUGAAGUAUCUGGUUAACCUCAAGCUGAAUGAUAACUUCCUCAAUGGCUCCAUUCCUCCAUCUCUAGGGAGCUUGUCAUCACUCCAGUUUUUGACUUUGAGCAACAAUAGGUUAUCAGGUGGAAUUCCUAGAGAAUUGGGCCAACUCGCUAAUCUGACUUCUUUGAGAUUCGAUGAGAACAAUCUCAAUGGUAGUCUUCCCAUGGAACUUGGGAACUUGACGAAGCUUGAAAUUCUUGAUUUGAGCUCCAACAAUUUGACUGGAUCUUUGCCUCCAAGUUAUAAAAACCUCAAGUCUCUAAACCUUUUUGGUGUAGCUGGGAACAGUUUGAAUGGUUCAAUACCAGCCUUCAUUUCAGAAUGGCCCUAUCUCAGGGAAUUGUAUCUCUUGGGAAAUGAUUUUAGAGGGACGCUGCCUCUUGAAAUUUUUAGAAUGCAAAAUCUUAGUUACUUGUGGGUUAGUGACCUAAACAACUCUGGUUUCUCUUUUCCAGAUCAUGCGCAUAUAAAUAUGUCAUCUAUAAUGCAAAUGCUACUGAGGAAUUGUAACCUUAAAGGCUCUAUUCCUGCUACUGUUGAUUGGCGGCAGUUAGAUUACCUAGAUUUGAGCUUUAAUGAGUUAACUGGUGAGAUCCCAAAUACUUUGGAGAAUGUGACAGAAAUUCAUUUGACAGGAAAUAUGCUUCAAGGAUCAAUCCCUCCAUUCAUCCGUGGUAACUCUGAUGUGUCUUACAACAAUUUCUUAACUCCGCCGAGCAAGGAUUCAAAAGAAAGAAAGAAUCAUGGACCACAGCUAAACAGCAAACCAAACAGGAAUUAUACACUUGACGCGAGAACCAAAUUUUGCCAGGGGAAAUCUAAGUAUUAUUACUUGUUCAUAAAUUCUGGAGGUGCAAGUUUAACUUUUGAAAAGAACCAUUAUGAUGGAGAUACAUCACAAGCCAAGUUCUACGAAGGUCCUGAAGAAAGUAGAGAAAAAAGAUGGGCUUAUACUUGUUCUGAUUCUUUUUUAUCAGUAUCAACUGAUAAUCCAGGUGUUUACAUAAAGAACAAGACAUGUGGAGUUUCAGAGGAAUCUUUGCAUGAAACAGCUCGUUAUUGCCCUGUGUCUCUCACAUAUUAUGGAUUCUGUUUGCACAAGGGAGAUUACAAUGUAAAACUUCAUUUUGCUGAAAUUGUUUAUACAGAUGAUGAAGAUUACAGCAGUUCUGAAAAACGGGUUUUCGAUGUGUACGUUCAGGGUGAGAGAAAACUAAAAGAUUUCAGCAUAAAGGAUGAGGCCAAGGAUACUAAUAAAGCACUACAAAGAGAAUUCAUGGCACAUGUAGAUGACAAUUUGCUGGAGAUCCAUUUUCACUGGGCUGGCAAGGGGUCUGUAAGCAAAUCAGGAAGUAGCAAUGGACCGCUUGUCGCCGGAAUUUCUGUGACUCCAAACUUCACAAUUCCGGGAGGAGAUAAACUAUCUACUCCGCAGAUAGUAGGGAUCUCAGUAGGUUCUGUAUUCGCUCCAAUACUUCUAUUGGCUUUCAUGUGGAAAAUGGGCUGGUUAGGAAACAGAGAGUUGCAAGAAGUACGUAUAGAAGUUGAAGACGGAACAUUCACCCUUAAAGAAAUCAUAGAUGCCACUAGAAAUUUUAGCCCUGAUAUGGAGAUUGGUGAAGGACGUUUUGGGAUAGUGUAUAAGGCUGAACUUCCAGGUCAGAUUAAAUUUGCAGUGAAGAAGAUUUCUCCGGAAUCAAUGCAAGACAAGCUUAAAGAUGAACUACAUGGGGAAAUUUUUUUCAAUCAGAUGAAAAGCUUGAAACAUGACAAUGUAAUUAAGUUGUUUGGUGGUUAUUCAAGAAAAGACCUUCAUCUACUAAUAUACGAACACAUGGAGAAUGGCUCCCUUCACCAAGCCUUGUUUGAUCCCAAAUCCAAAAUAGAACUUGAUUGGACACGCAGAUUUAAUAUCUGCCUGGGAUUAGCAAAAGCUUUGAAGUAUCUGCAUGGGGAAGAAGAUGGAGUGAAGAUUCUACACAGGAAUAUAAAAGCCAGUAACAUUUUGCUCGAUGAAAAUUGUUCUGCCAAGUUAACGGACUUCGGAUGGGCGAAGGUUUACAAUGAGGAAGAUCCAUUUUUGACUAUCAAAGCAGGAGGGGCAAGAAUAUAUAUUGCACCUGAGUAUGCACUGAGGCAACCCAUCACCGAUAAAGCAGAUGUUUACAGUUUUGGAGUUGUGACACUUGAAAUAUUCUGUGGGAGACCUGGUGUAGAAAAUAAACCAAAUCAGGAAUCUGCUAUUCUUAUAGACGAUGCUCGUAUUAAAUACGCAAAAGGAAGGGUGUUUGAUUUGGUUGAUAGGAAAUUAAUCAAUUAUGACCGGAAGAUGGCCUUGACUAUUCUGAGACUGGCGAUUUUAUGCAUCAAUCCCACCGCAGAUCUAAGGCCUACAAUGUCUGAAGUUGUAUGUGUACUUGAAGAUGAGAAAACCAUUGAUGAGAUUUCCAAAGUCCAAAGUUCCUGACGAAUUCCAAACCCUUUCUUUAUGCAUGUUAUGAAUGUGUGUUUUCUUUUCUUGUUUGUUUUAUAUAAGUGCUGUGUGGCUAUGUAUAAAUUAUAGUCAAUUCGCAUAACUUGUUUAAUGUUGAUUGUUUGGAUUAUAAUCCAUUUAUUGAGAAAUUAUACGGUGGGAUUUCUGCAUCA